AUGAUGAUGGCGCAGCCAUUUCCUGCCCAUCAAGGGAUCCCGCAGCAUCCUGGUAUCCCCCCAGGUCAUCCAUUGGCCCCUGGCCAACAUCCAAAUGCUCACCCGGGUGCUGGAAUGGUACAACAAGUACAUCCCGGAGUAUCAGCUCCGGGAGGGCCUCAGGUCACUCAAGGUGGACCAAUGAUGGGUGGAAUGCCACCAGGUGCUGGAACAACGGCACCUGGCGGUCCUGUACAGGCCCAUGCUCUUUCACAUUUGGGUCCAGCACAAGCGCACCUGUUCCAGCAACCGCACUUUGCGCAAAACUUUGCUGCCAAUAACCCUCAGCAGCUCUUACAUCAACAACAGCAGCAGCAACUUUUAAGACAACGGAUGAUGUUUCAGCAGCAACAACAGCAACAGCAACAGCAUGGAGGGAUUCCUGUGUCAAUGCCAAAUGGAACGCAAGGAUUGAAUGCGGCCCAAUUAGCAGCCAUGCAGAACCCUGGAAUGCGUCCGGUGAUCUCCCAAAUGCAACUUCAACAAAUGCCUCAUGGACAGCCACAGAUGCAACAGCAGCAUUUUCUAGCUAUGCAAGCCCAGCAGGCUCAGCAGGCUCAGCAGGCCCAACAGGCACAGCAAGCUCAGCAAGCACACCAGGCUCAGCAAGCGCAACAAGCUACGCCGCAGCCAGGCCAGCAGACACCACAGCAGCGCCCAGCUCCUCAACCUCAGAAUGUCCAUGAUGCCCAAAGUGUCACCCCUCAACCACAGCCGAUGCCGCCACCGCAUCAGGGGAGUGCCACCCCGCAGCCAACGCCUCACCAACAGCUACCCACAUCCCAGCCGCCGCAGCAAUCAGCCGUUCCUCAGCCGCAGCCAACACCGAAUCCACCCCCGCAACAAUUACCGCAGUCCCACCAACCGGGCCAACAAGGUCAGCUGCAGCCGCAGCUGCAGCCGCAGCAACAGCAACCACAGCAACCCCAGUCGCAGUCACAGCCACAACCGCAACCGCAACCGCAACAGGGCCAACAAGGCCCACAGCAGGGCCCACAGCAGAUCCAGCAACAGGGCCAGCAGCAGCAGCAGCAGCAGCAGCAACAAGGUCAGCAGCAGCAGCAGGCUCCGCCAAUGACAGCCCAGGAGGUCCAAAUGAAGACUCAACAGCAGCAGAAUGCCAUGAUGAUGCAGCAGCGAAUGAGUUUAAAGGGUGCGGCGGUCAUGUGUCUCAAUACAUUCGCGGAGCAUCUUAGUAACUUCACGAGCAAGGGCGAGGCGCACGACUUGCUAUAUUGGCAGUCCUUUGUGGAUAAGUUCUAUUCACCCGCUGGUGUUUUGCGACAAGGAGUAUGGAACCCACAAACCGGCUCUAAGCAGUUCGAGAUUGCAACUCCUGCAUUAGCACGCUACUACCUGACACAAUUCACGAGCGGAAUCCGUCACAUCCAAAUGGUUGUUGAAAAUGCACGGGAGAGGGACUCGCCAAAUGGGGGCCAUAUUGUGGAAAGUGGCAAAACUUCGUUCAUUUAUUGGUUUGUAAACGAUACUCAGAUUUUUACCAAUGGGAAAUUGAGGGCGCACUUCGAUAUGAACAAUAAAAUCGAAAUGCUUGAUAUCGAUGUCUUAAAUUAUACUGAAUACCUUCCCCGGAGCCAGCUGCAAGCAUUAGAGGCUCUCGACCAAAAGCAAAGCCCGAAAGUUUCCAAGAAUAUGGGCAAACGGGCUCAGCAGAAACAGGCCCAGCUGCAGCCUGCCUUCACGUUACCUGAGUCAAUGGUGACCACCAAUGGCGUCCCCACCGCCGUCAUGAGCUUUUUGGAGGUCGCCGAAACAAUAUCCCAGAUGCAGAUGUUGUUCCAAUUUUCUCAGCAAAAUCCUCACCUCUCGGCACCUGAAGCGCUGCGCAACCUUGUCAACACUCUGCAAAUGCAAAACCCCAACCCCGGAUAUAUGCAGGCCCCGAUGAAUCCAGCUAUGCAGCCCGGCCAAACUCCACGAGGCCCCAAUCUCAACGGACCCAACCAGUUUGCUUCCCCUGGGAUGGCUCAUCUGGGCCUGCCGGGCGCCCAGGGAUCCCCUCAUCUUAGUGGGUCAGCUCAUCCAAGUCCGGCUCAAAGCCACCUUGCUGGACCCCCAGGUAUGGUGCCACAAGGGCAAGGGCAGCCUAAUGUCGGCCAGGGUAGUGCCAGUGCUAGCCCGAAUGUGAGCCACAAGCGACGCCGGGCAAGUACGGUUAAGAUGGAAAACGAUGACGCUGGCGGUGCUCCGGAGGUCAAUGGCACUGCUGUCCCGGGACCAAAGACAGUAAAAGCUAGUCCUCGAGUGGGUGGUAAAAGACAGAAAGGCACCGCUUAA